ACGGGCGGGGCCGGAAGAGGAAGUCGGCGCUGCCGUGGCGGCCGCGAGCAGCACUGCAGCUGUCCCCUCGGAGCCCGCUCGGUCGCGUCCUGCUCCACCGCCGAGGCAGCGCCGCUGAGGGACUCGGAGCCGCGCCGCAGCGCCGGCGUCCAGCGGUCGGACCGAUGGAACAGCAGCGGUGGACGGCCCCGGCAGCGGCCGCCCUGCUCCGGGCCCUCCUCCUCCUCCCGCUGACAGCUGCUCAGGAAGCGAUCCUGCACGCCUCUGGCAAUGGCACUAAGGACUACUGCAUGCUCUAUAACCCACACUGGACCGAGCUCCCAAGCACCCUGGACAACGCCACUUCCAUUGCUUUGAUGAAUCUGACUGCUACAUCACUAUGCAACCUUUCUGAUAUUCCUCCUUAUGGCAUAAAGAACAAGGCAGUGGUGGUACCCUGGGGACACUGCCAUUUUCUUGAAAAAGCCAAAAUUGCGCAGAGAGGAGGUGCUGAAGCAUUGUUGGUUGCCAAUAACAGCAUCCUAUUUCCUCCCUCAGGGAACAGAUCUGAAUUUCCAGAUGUGAAACUACCGAUUGCAUUUAUAAGCUACAAAGAUUUUAAAGAUAUGAAUCAGACACUUGGAAGUAAUAUUACUAUACAAAUGUAUUCUCCAGUGUGGCCUAAUUUUGAUUAUACUAUGGUGGUGAUUUUUGUAAUUGCUGUGUUCACUGUGGCAUUAGGAGGAUAUUGGAGUGGACUAAUUGAAAUGGAAAACUUGAAAGCAGUCACAAACAUUGAAGAUAGAGAAGCGAAGAAAAAGAAGGAAGAGUAUUUAACUUUCACUCCUCUGACAGUUGUAGUAUUUGUGGUUGUCUGCUGUGUAAUGAUUGUCUUACUUUAUUUCUUCUACAAAUAUUUGGUUUAUGUUAUGAUAGCAAUUUUCUGCAUAGCAUCAGCAAUGAGUUUGUACAACUGCCUUGCUGCCCUGAUUCGUAAGAUCCCAUAUGGACAAUGCAGGAUUGUAUGUCGUGACAGAAGCACUGAAGUGAGACUUAUUUUUCUUGCUGCCCUGUGCAUAGCAGUAGUUGUGGUUUGGGCUGUAUUUCGAAAUGAAGAUAGGUGGGCUUGGAUUUUACAAGAUAUCUUGGGCAUUGCAUUCUGUCUGAAUUUAAUUAAAACACUGAAGUUACCUAACUUCAAGUCAUGUGUGAUACUUCUCGGCCUUCUCCUCCUCUAUGAUGUAUUUUUUGUUUUCAUAACACCAUUCAUCACAAAGAAUGGUGAGAGUAUUAUGAUUGAAGUCGCCGCUGGCCCAUUUGGAAAUAAUGAGAAGUUACCAGUAGUCAUCAGGGUACCAAAGCUAAUCUCUUUCUCAGUAAUGAGUGUGUGCCUCAUGCCUGUUUCAAUAUUGGGUUUUGGAGACAUUAUUGUGCCAGGCCUACUGAUUGCCUACUGCAGAAGAUUUGAUAUUCACACUGGUUCAUCUUCAAUAUACUAUAUUUCUUCCACAAUUGCCUACGCAGUGGGCAUGGUACUCACAUUUGUUGUUCUGGUGCUGAUGAAGAAGGGACAACCUGCCCUCCUCUAUUUAGUACCUUGCACACUUAUCACCGCCUCCAUUGUUGCCUGGAGACGUAAGGAAAUGAAAAAGUUCUGGAAAGGUACCAACUAUCAGAUGAUGAACCAUCUGGACUAUUCAACAAAUGAAGAAAAUCCUGUGAUUACUGAUGAACAGGUUGUUCCACAAUAAUAUUUUGUGGACCUGCAAUAAUAAUGUGUCAUUGAUUUUCUACAAAUAAGAGUUUGGCUUUUUAAAGUGACUUUUGAAUUAGCAUUAUGAAAGAAUCUUCAAUAAUAUGCUUGCAAGCACAUAUAUUUUUAUGAGCUGAGACUAUUAUAGGUCAUUCAAAUGCAUUUACUUUUGAUUAUGUUAAAAGUUGUGCCUUCACAUUAAAUAAAAUUAUAUGGCCUGUGUAAUUUCCAAGAUGUAUUAUAUACAGUAUAUUUUUCUAAAAACAUACUUUGACCCACCCUGAUACUUUUCUUGAUCAAAUCUGUUUGUUUCUACUCUUAAUGAUAGAUUCUGAACAGAUUUUAUUGUAAAAAAUUGAGUAUAUUUUAUCUGUUUAUAGAAAUAACUAAUAAAAAAGGCAGUUCAAUGAUAAAAAUGUGGAUCUUACUGCAGAGAUUAGAAAUGUAUAAUUUGGAAAUAAAUAUAAGUGAGUAUUUUUGUAGUGUAUAUUUUUAGAAACUUGAGAACCUGAAUUACUUUAGACUAUGUAUACAUUAUAUCUGAAUAUUUUUCCAGAUAUAGAGAAACAUAGUAAAUAGAACUAGUCACUAAAAGGCCACAAAAACCAAAGGGUACUGUUGAGGAGUCUGCUGUCCUCUUGGAGGCAGAGCUUAGAGUUCUAGAUUAACAGUGUUUCUCUUUGGUAUUGCUGAUACUUGGAGUUUGGUUGUGUUAGUGCUAAGGGUAUUAUUUUUUUUUUAAGUUAUUUUUCUUUUCAAAUUACAGACUAACACUUCAGGCCCAAGGUUCAUUCCCCCUCGUUUUAUUUCCACUCCUUUCUCCAUAGCUAUCCUCUGUUAACUUGGGUGGAGAAUGGAGCAAAGAUUUGGAGAUAAAGGGCAAGAGAUUGUGUGUUAAUUUCUUUUAAAUUACAGUAUCAGAAAGAGUUUGAAUAAUUUGCCUCAGUUCAAGACACUUGGAAUAGCUUAGACCAAUUUGUCACUCUGGCACCUUCCAAACUGAAAAGAUCUUUUUCCUCCUUCUUUGCUAAAUCUCAGAUGUACUUUUGCACAUUCUGGGAAUCGGGGUCAACCUGUCUUUCAUUUUCUUUUAUCUUUUUCUAAGAAAUUCCCAAAUGGCAAGUGAUCACAAAAAUAGUAGUUUUACAUUUUUUUUUUUAAGGUGUAAAACAAUGUAAUCACACCUAGUCUUUCAUUCUAAGGCCAGUUCAACUUACUGAAAGUUAAAACUAGUGCCUUUUAAAAUGAGUCAGACUUUUGAUGUUUGAACUAAUUUAACAUUAGGUGCUUUUGUUUAAUCGUUAACUUCUGUUGAGUAAAUUACAAAUAGAGGCCUCACUGGCAAAUAACCCAUCUUUCGGCUUAAUACUGUUAUAGUACCUUUUGUUUAUUGCAAAUGACCUGCCUGGCAAGAGUUAAUUUUGUCUCCUCUAUAUUGCUUGAAUUUUUUCCAAACAAUCUAACUUGUUUGGCAGACUCUGAUAGAGAGUGGAACAGCUGAAGUGCCAUUUUAAAACUCCCAACUGUAUUUCCAUUUUAUGAUGUAGAUAAAAUGUCUGCCAAAAUACAGCUAUUUUAAUAAACUUAUCUACACUCUUAUCCUAGCCUUAUGAUUUUCGGAAG